AUGAAGAUGGAAGAGCUUUUAUCCAGGACGGGGCUUCUCGUGGUCGUCAUGGUAACGACGUGUCUUCAUCAGCCGUCCUUUACCUCAGCACAGGACUGUCCGUCUACUCACGACCUGCUGAACUCGCUGCGACAGGUGGAGAAGAUGUUGGCGGUCCAUGAGACGUCAUACCAGCAGGGCGUCCGAUCCAUCAGGAAGAAGCUGAGUGCUCUACAAAACACCACCAUGGCGAUCUUUAAGACGGGCAAGAACGCAUCCUGUCCCAAACCAGAGACCCCCUCCCACGGCCGCAGACUGGGUCGGGUGUUUGGAGUCGGACACGAGAUCCACUUCCUGUGCAAACCCAAUUAUGAGCUGAUUGGCCCAAGGACCCGGGUGUGCCUGGAGUCUCUGAAGUGGAGCGGCCAGCAGCCCAUGUGCAGACGUUUCAACAGCACCGCAAACUCCCUGCCCUCCUUCUCUACUGCUGCUGUCGCCUCCCUGCCUGUCUCUGCUGCUCUGUCAGCUUCCUCCUCAACCUCAUCAUCCUCAUCAUCAUCAUCUUCAUCCACAUCCUCCUCUCCCUCCUCCUCCUCCUCCAUCCGUCCGUCUCACUGCACUCACUUCCUGGGCUCCACCCGCUGCACCUGUGAUGUAGGUUUCACCAUAUCAGGCCGAGACAACAACAUCUGCACAGAUAUCGAUGAGUGUCGUCUCUUUCCUCUCGGGCAGCCUGGUCGACUGUGUGUUCAUCAGUGUGUGAACACUCCUGGCAGCUUCCACUGCUUCUGUCCAGCAGGGUACGACCUCGCCAGGGACGGCCGCAGCUGCACAGACAUUGACGAGUGUGAGAACCGGAUGCACGACUGCAGAGCGGAUCAGCUGUGUGUGAACACCUUCGGAGGUUUCCAGUGUGUGACGGUGGAAUGUCCAGACAUGAAAAACGCCACGUACAUCAAGACUUCACCCAUGCGCUGUGAGAGGAACCCGUGCAUGCUGGGAGACAAGGCAUGCACUCAGGCGCCGAACUCCAUCUCCUUCCACUUCCUGCCCGUGGUGUCCAACAUGUCCGCCCCACGCGUCCUCUUCCGGGUGUCGGCUGCCCGCGUGCUUGGCGACACGCUGCGAUUCGGCCUGGCGGGCGGACGAGGGCGAGGCCACUUCAGCGUGCAGCGCUCGGGCCGGCAGACGGGCACCCUCCUCCUGGUGACACCCGUCAAGGGUCCCGCCACCCUGGAGGCAGAGGUGGAGAUGAGCGAGCUGGAGGGUCACACUCUGCUGGGUCGCUACCUCACCAAAGUCACUCUGAUGGUGUCUCCAUAUGAGUUUUAA